CCUGCCGGGGACCGGCGGAGACGGGGAAAGGAGGCUGCCGUUCGGGCGGGCCUUGCACCGAGAGCCGCCGCCAUGAGCAAGAGGAAAGCGCCGCAGGAGUCGCUGAACGAGGGGAUCACCGACUUCCUGAUCGAACUGGCUAACUUUGAGAGGAAUGUGAAUCGGGCGAUGCACAAGUACAAUGCUUACAGGAAAGCAGCGUCGGUUAUCGCAAAAUAUCCAACAAUAAUCAAGAGUGGUGCAGAAGCUAAAAAACUGGAAGGAGUUGGUGACAGGAUUGCUAAGAAGAUUGACGAGUUUCUAGCAACAGGAAAGUUGCAAAAGCUGGAAAAGAUUCGUCAAGAUGAUACCAGUUCAUCUAUUAACUUUUUAACAAGAGUAACCGGAAUAGGACCUGCCGCAGCGAGAAAGUUUGUGGAGGAGGGAAUCAAGACUUUGGAUGAUCUGAGAGAGAAUGAACACAUACUGAAUUACCAUCAGCGGAUUGGCUUGAAGUAUUUUGAGGACUUUGAAAAGCGAAUUCCUCGGACAGAAAUGGUGAAAAUGCAGGCUAUAGCUCUGCGGGAAGUGGAAAAAUUAGAUUCUAAAUAUGUCGCCACCGUUUGUGGCAGCUUCAGACGAGGCGCUGAGUCCAGUGGUGAUAUGGAUAUUCUCUUGACUCAUCCGGACUAUACCUCGGAAUCAUUAAAAAAGCCAAAGCUUCUACAUAAAGUUGUGGAAUGCCUGGAAGCAAUAGACUUUGUCACCAUCACCCUUUCCAAGGGAGAUUCCAAGUUCAUGGGUGUCUGCCGAUUACCAGAAGAGAGUGAUGGCACUGAGUAUCCAUUCAGGAGAAUUGACAUCAGGCUCAUUCCAAAGGAUCAGUAUUUCUGUGGCGUGCUUUAUUUCACCGGAAGUGAUCUUUUUAACAAGAACAUGAGGACCCAGGCCCUGGAAAAAGGCUUCACAUUGAAUGAGUACACUAUUCGUCCAUUGGGAGUGACAGGAAUCCCUGGCGAGCCACUACCAGUGGAGAGUGAAAGCGACAUCUUUGAAUACAUUGAAUGGCGAUACAAGGAACCGAAAGAACGAAGUGAGUGAUUGCGUGCCACCUGACAACCACGCACAGUCACCUCACAGAACACGCCGGGGUUUAGUGGGAGCGAGAAUGUGCUGAAUCUUGACAAGUAAAGAACCAAGUGAAAUAUUCCAGAAGGAAUUCUCAAUAACUUUAUUCAAGACCUGGGUUUUGGCUAGCAUGUUAUGUAUUUAUAGAGAUCAACUUUUGUACAAGGUCCCAUGCAGUAAUAUCAAUAAAGCACAAUUAGGGAUUUGCGGUGUAGUAUUUAAUCAUGAAUGAAAAAUAAUAAAUAUAAAUAUUCACAUCAUGUUUGUAAAACGAGUGGAGCAGAAGGGAAGUACUGGUCAGAUAACAUCAUAGAAACAUAUAAAAUAGGUACAGAAAGAGGCCCUUCGAGCCAGCACCGCCAUUCAUUGUGAUCAUGGCUGAUCGGCCCCUAUCAAUAACCCGUGCCUGCCUUCUCCCCAUAUCCAUUGACUCCACCAGCCCCUAGAGCUCUAUCUAACUCUCUUAAAUCCAUCCAGUGACUUGGCCUCCACUGCCCUCUGUGGCCCAUUCCAUAAAUUCACAACAUCAAACUAUGCAAACCACUGCAACAUUCACAGUUAGACCAUCUCCAAACUUAACUCAACAUCACUGAUAAUUUCCAAUCAAUCCCCUUUAAUUAUUUUGAUAAAUGAGUACAGUAUAUAGAUUGUUUACUUAGUUGAUCAUUGCAAAGACAAUAAAUAUUAGUGUCCCAUUCUCCGCUUGGCUUGUACGCGGAAUACUUCCACAAAAGAUUUGCAAGAGGUCAACUUUGUGGUGGCAAUGUGGGCCAUCGUACCUCUGGCUAACGUGGAUACUCUGAGUCGUACAGAGCUCCCACCUGGCUGUAUGCAGCCAUGUUGAGUCAGAGGGUGGUGAACUACAUUGCCUCGGAAGGCUGUGGAGGCCAAGUCAAUGGAUAUGUUUAAGGCAGAGAUGGAUAGAGUCUUGAUUAGUACGGGUGUCGGGGGUAAUGGAGAGAAGGCAGGAGAAUGGGGUUAGGAGGGAGAGAUAGAUCAGCCGUCAUGGAAUGGCGAAGUAGACUUGAUGGGCCGAAUGGCCUAAUGUUGCUCCUCUCACGUAUGAACUCAUGUCUGUCUCACAAGUUAGAGUGAUAGAGUCAUCACUUUGGCCCAACGUACCCAUGCCGACUAAGAUGCCUCAUCUAGGGGGAUCUUGGCCGGCAUAGGCAAUUUGACCCAUGCCGACCUGCCUGCUUUUGGCCCAUAUCCCUCUAAACCAGUGUCACCUUGCCACAUUUGGCUCAGAUUCCUCUACAUCCAGCUGUCCAAGUUAUGAUGCUUUAGGUCACCUGCAACAGUGCUUGGAGCAUAACUUCUCUAUCCAUGGCAUGAGCACCAUUCAGCUGCUGUGUCUCGCUCUGUGAGCCUCAACUGUUUCUGGCAUGUGUGGGAAGGAACUUGCGCGUGCUGGUUUAAACCGAAGAUGGACACAAAAUGCCGGAGUAACUCAGCGGGACGGGCAGCAUCUCUGGAGAGAAGGAAUGGGUGACGUUUCGGGUCGAGACCCUUCUUCAGACUGUUGAUAGAACCUAGAUUUUUGAAGAAGGGUUUUAUUUCCAGAAACUUGAGACGUUGUUUUGAUUUGAGUUAAACUAUGUGACGUAUACUAUGAGCCCAGUUCUCUAAAAAUUAUGAAAUAUUACCCGAAAUUUGGCAAAUGCUUGUUUUACUAAUCGAGUGCAUGCAUCAGUAUUUUGAGGUUGCAUGUAAGUGAUGGCUGUGUGAUUCUUCUUUCAGUUUGUCAGAUCUUUAGGUUGUCUACUCUGUUGGUGGGUGGUGGGGGGUGGGGGGGGGACAUGAACUAUAUAUUACGGCUUUGAGAGGAAACAUUCAUUAGAUUGAAUGGAGGUUAGACUGCAGGUAUUGUAAUCUGGAGCAAAAAACAAACUGCACCAAUCUCUUCACCCCCCCCCCCCCCCCCCCCCCCCGCUCUCCCUCAAUGUCAGUAAAAUAGGCAAUAGACAAUAGGUGCAGGAGCAGGCUAUUUGGCCCUUCGAGCCAGCACCACCAUUCAAUGUGAUCAUGGCUGAUCAUCCCCAAUCAGUACCCCGUUCCUGCCUUCUCCCCAUAUCCCCUGACUCCGCUAUCUUUAAGAGCCCUAUCUAGCUCUCCCUUGAAAGCAUCCAGAGAACCUGCCUCCACCGCUCUCUGAGGGAGAGAAUUCCACAGACUAACCACUCUCUGUGAGAAAAAGUGUUUCCUCGUCUCCGUUUUAAAUGGCUUACUCCUUAUUCUUAAUGAAGUGGGGUGGCUAUAUCAACGGUGCUGAAGCGGUGAUGGUUGAUAGCGUCAGGUUCCUCGGUAUAAAUCCCGCCAACAAAUGAUCCUCAUCCAGACACCUUGAAGCUGCAGCCAGGAAGGCAGGCCAAUGCCUUUAGCCUUGGAAGGCUAAGGAAGUUCGGCAUGCCACCUCUCCCUCCUACUAAUUUCUACAGAUGCACCAUAGAAGGCAUCUAGUCAAGAUGCAGGUAGACAAAAAUGCUGGAGAAACUCAGCGGGUGAGGCAGCAUCUAUCAGGAUGCAGCACAGCUUUGCCCAACACUGCACUGAACUGCAGACAGUUGCGAAUCAUGUAGACCUCCCCCGACUCUCAGUCUGAAGAAGGGUCUCGAUCCAAAGAAGGAUCUCAACCCGAAACAUCACCCAUUCCUUCUCUCCAGAGAUGCUGGCUGUCCCACCGAGUUACUCCAGCAUUUUGAGUCUAGUACUAACUUUUAUUCUUGUAUUUUAUACUUGUCUUAUUUUAUUUUAGCAUGUUUUUAUUUUCUAUUCUUUUUAGUGACUGUUUGUAAUUGCUUUUGAUUGCUCUUUAAUGCUUUGUGUAAAGCACUUUGAAUUGCCUUGUUGUUGAAAUGUGUUAUAUAAAUAAACUUGCCUGCUAUCUUCGGUGUAAA